AUGGCAUUACGUAAAAAGAAUCCAAAGUAUAAAAAGGUGAUAAAGGCCAUCUUACCAGCACAACCAACUGGUGAGAUGAACAAAUCAAACAUUAGUAAACUUGUUUACUUUUGUGAGAUGAACCCUGAACUAUUACAAAAGGUUGGUCCAUACAUUGAACAAAAGGUUGAAAAGAAUAUAAAGAGAAAGAGAUUUGGGUUUGUAACAUGUUGUGUUAUUAUAAUGAGAGAAUUGAUUGUUGGAUGCAAAAAGAAUCUUAUCUUUUUUGCAGAGAAUGCAACAAAGAUUAUUAAAAUGUUAUUAGAACAAGAUGUAAAUCAAGAUCUUAGAAUUGAAGCUACUGAAACUUUUAUUCAAUUUGUAUCAGUAUUGGAUUCAUCACAAACCUAUUAUCAAGAUAUUGAAGGAUUCAUUCAAUACUUUAUCAAUAUGUGCAAGAAUAAUAACACUGAUUCUCAUCGUCGUAGAAGAAUCAGAUGUGAAGGUUUAAGAGGUGUCACUGCCUAUAUUACCAUUCUUGAUUUAAUCGAUGAAUUGGAUGCCUAUAUCUCUAGACAUCCUGAAAUCAUUUCAACUAUUCUUGAUAAUAUGCAAUAUAGAGAUCAAUUAAUUACUACUCCUCCUCAAACACCAACAACUGAAAGAAGAAAUACUAUUCAAGAUAUUCCAAUUCCAACUAGUAAUAAUAAUCAAACUACAACAACUUCUACAACAACUACAGCUACAACUACAACUACUACAACAACGACUACUACAACUACCGCUACUACAGAAGAAACUAUAAUUGUUGAUCAUCAAAAUAAUGUAAAAGAAGUAGCAACAGAUUCAUUAAGAGAUUUAACAAGAAGAGUUGAUAAUAUUACAGUUACAUCAUUGGUUCAGACGAUUCUUGGCUAUUUGGAUCAACAACAAAAAUGGGGAGACGAUCAUUUCCCAACUAGUUGUAUGAUUGCCAUGGCAGAGAGUAUCAAGACACAACAAUACACUAUUCUGUUGACUAGUUAUUUGAGACAUUUGGAGCCACAACACCCACCUCCAGUCACCAAAGAGAUUGUCAAUACUGCAGUGGCCAUUGUCAAUGACAAUAGUGGAUCGGUCAACAUGGUGGUAUCGCACUUUAUCAAGAUCAUGAUCCAAUCGAUCGACAUUGCCAACAAAAAGCCACCACCAGCCGACGUUGACGAACAGUUCAAAUUGCAGUCGGCCAUUAUCGAAGCGGUUGGAAAGGUUUGUAAAAAACUAUCGAGCAAUCGUAAUAGAAUGGAGAUUAUGGUUCAGAUUAUGAAUCAAGCAAGAGACGAAUACAUCAGACCCGGACACGGCGAGAGUAAUGUCAUUCUCUUGGACAUUGUACAAUGCACACUCCAAGUUUCACAAACGUUGACCGAUGUCAUUCCACACACCAUGUUGAAUGAUUUCCUACAACGAAAACUCUUACCACUCGCCGAACAUCCAUCGUCCGAGGUUAGAAUCUAUGUACAAAAGAUUUUACAUUCCUUGUUGUUGCCUGGUGGCAGAUCUUUGAACCAAUUGCAAUUACAAUCGAUUGAUGGUGUCGACGAGUUGUUGAUGGAGAAUGCAACCUUUAUCAGAGAUUCACUAUUCACUGGAUUCAUGAUUAGCAACAAUCAUCCAGAUAAUAUUUCAUGUCUUUUCAAGACUUUGGUCAUCAUGUUGUAUCGUGGUAGAAACAAAGAACUUCAACAUUCCAUACCAAUGAUAUUUAGAAUUCAAAGAAUCCUCCUCAAAAAAAAGGUUUCCUUUAGAUUAUCAAGUUCUAUUCAUCUAACCAUUGCAAGUUAUCUUUAUAUCAUUGCUAAAUUUUAUGAUAUCAUUUCUUUAGAACAAUAUAUUGAUCAUAUUUUAAAAAUUAGAAAAGAAAAUGGACAAUCAUGCAAAUAUUUAUCAUUUGAUUUCCAACAAUUAAAAUUAAUUAGAAAGAGAAAAAAUAAGGAUUCUUCGUGUGAAGAGAUUAAUCAAGAUACGGUCGCCGAAAAACUAUGUGAAAUCAAGAGUCUAACACAAGAGUUUAAUGAUUUACCAAAGAUUUUGAAAAAGAAAUACAACACCAUCACAAGAAAUGACUUGGAAUUACCACAAGAUGAAGGAGUGGAACUUUCACCACCAGUCAAAACUAUUGCACUCUUGGGAAGCAAUGAUAACAUUAGUACCAACCAUAUCAUCUCUCAUCCAAAGAUUCUCACUUUUGAUUCUUUUAAACAAUUUGCUGUCCUUCCUCAAGAUGAAACACCAAAUUCUAUCAAAUCCAACAACAAUAUUGGAAAUAGUACAACAAAUGGAACUACUUCACAAAUUCAUGGUACCGCUUCUUCUUCAAAUUCAUCAUCUCCAAAUUUAUCAAGACAUACAAUUAAUAAUGCUUUAUUAACAAAAGAUUUAACUUAUCUUCAUGUUGUUUCAAUUUGUGAAGAAAAUAGUAUUAAAAAUCAAAAAGAACAAGAUUUAUUAAUGAGAUUGGCAUUACAAAGUGAACAUGAUAAUGAAUCAACACCAAUCACAGGUGGUAGAGAUAGCGAAGAGUUAUCAUCAACUUGCACACUUAAAAUGAAUAUUCAAACUGUUUUGGAAAAGGUAUUCUAA